ACCCACAGCUGCCUCGGCUUUAGUUCGGUGCGAUAGGCCCUCUGUGCCCGCUUGUUCCUCCGACAAGGGAGCGUCACCGCCUAUGCGCGCCAUCGAUCCAAGUCUACAUAAUCGGUCUCCGACGUUGAUGAUCAAGGUGGAAUUAUUGUUCAAUACAUCAGUUGUAGGAAGAGACCGGUCUUUUACCGAUUAAUCUUGUUCAACGAAGAAGGCGGUUAGUGUUUUGCUGCAUUAUUGGCUGUUUGCUGAUGGAUGAUAGAGUGCCUCCAAGCCUUUUUGUUAAUGAUGGUUCAUUCAUGGAGAGAUUCAAGCAACUUCAACAAGAGCAGGAGAAGAAAAAUGAAACAUUAGAGGAUUCUAAACCUAUUAAAAUUGUGCCAGGCUCUUUGACUCCUAAUCUUUCCCUUAGCAAAAAGGCCUCUGCAGACUUGAAGGCUAAUACACAGAAAACAUUCCAGGCUGUUUCCGGUGGUAAACUUGCAUUCAGUUUAAAACAAAAGUCAAAGCUAGUGCCUCCACCUGUUAAGUUAAGUGCAGAUGAAGAUGAAGAAACGGAUAAUAGAAAUGUUUCAAGUGAUGCGACUCCAAAACGACAAAAGGUGGGGCAUGAAGAUGGCAUUGAGCGGUCAUCAAGACAAUCUGAUGAUGCACCUCCUUCCCCAAGUGAUCCUGCAGUAAAGAAAGUUGCUGAGAAACUAGCAAGUUUUGUGGCUAAAAAUGGAAGGCAAUUUGAGGAUGUUACACGUCAAAAAAAUCCUGGGGAUACACCUUUCAAGUUUUUAUUUGACGAGAAAUGUGAUGACUACAAAUAUUAUGAAUAUCUACUAGCCCAGGAGGAAAAGGCUCUAUUGCAUACCCGGGAAUCACAGACAUCACGUAAUGGGGGUACAAGCUCCUCAUCUUCUAGACCAACCAAUGUUCCUCGGAGAUCAUCUCAGCAGCAUUCAACUUACCAAAUUCCAGCAUCUGCUUUGUAUGAAAGUUCUGAAGAUCCUGGAGUUUAUGGAUCUUCAGGUCAAGCAGUGUCAGUUGGAAGUGCUGAUGAAACUAGUGGAUCAUCAAAUGCUGAUUCUUUAGCAUUAAUGGAGUUCUACAUGAAGAAAGCUGCACAGGAAGAGAAGAUGAAAAGACCUAAGCAAUCUAAAGAUGAGAUGCCCCCUCCUGCAUCUCUUCAAGCUUCUUCAAAAAAAGGUCAUCACAUGGGCGAUUACAUUCCCCAGGAUGAACUAGAGAAGUUCUUGGCUACCUGUAAUGAUGCAGCAGCACAGAAAGCUGCCAAGGAGGCUGCAGAGAAGGCUAAAAUUCAGGCUGAUAAUGUGGGCCACAAGCUUUUGUCAAAAAUGGGGUGGAAAGAAGGUGAGGGUCUGGGCAGCUCUAGGAGUGGUAUUUCAGAUCCCAUCAUGGCAGGUAAUGUUAAGAUGAACAACUUGGGGGUUGGUGCUAACAACCCUGGCGAGGUGACUCCUGAAGAUGACAUAUACGAGCAGUACAAAAAGAGGAUGAUGCUCGGUUAUCGUCACAGACCCAAUCCUCUGAACAAUCCCCGCAAGGCUUAUUACUGAACUUCCUGGAUGAAGCAUAAAUGUUAAUCUUGUGUUGGACGACGGUGUGUUGGUCAUUCUGUGGUGUGCUUCCACCUGCAGGGCGAUUUUUUGCCCCUUAAUUUUUUAUUCGUCUAGGUGAAAUUGUUCUCUUUUAUUAUAAUUACCCUUCAGCAAAGAAAGAACUGUGUUAGAAUUUUUAUUUAAUCUUUUAUUUGUCUUGUGGUACAUUUGCAUGCUAUUUAUGGAGAAGGGAUUUGGCUGUGUUUCAUGUCGAUAAUUAAGCGUGUUUCUUAGUUAAUAAACAAGUAAAUGUAUUAGGCGAAUAUUAUCCAAAGCAAAAUGGAGUAUUGGUGUAUUUUA